AUGAAUGCAGCUCCAUUUCGAUUUGAUCUUGCACGUCAUCCUACCAAGGAUACCAUAAAGAUGCUGACUUCGUUGCUAGAAAAAGUCACCAAAGCCAAUGACCGCAUGCAUCCAGUACCCUUGUCACAUUCUGAUAAACGCUUCACAGCUUUCCAUGCUCGGUCCAUACCUACUAUUGGUAUCCAUGCUUACCUGUCACGCAUCCUGAAAUACUGUCCGUGUGCAAACGAAUGCUUUCUGGCGCUGCUCGUUUAUUUCGAUCGUUUGUCAAAGUCAACAGCUCAUCGACAACCACUACGAAUUGAUUCAUUUAACAUCCAUCGACUCAUCAUAUCCGGAGUAAUGGUGGCUAGCAAACUGUUUUCUGACGUAUUUUACACAAACACUCGCUAUGCCAAAGUCGGUGGAUUACCCGUUAGCGAGCUAAACGUACUAGAAGUAGAAUUCCUGACACUCAACAACUACUCAUUGUUUGUUUCUGUGGAAGAAUUACAACAUUAUGGAGAUCAGCUUCUGUUACAUUGG